GUGGCCCAGCCCCCGGCUGCAAAGGAAUGGAAAGACGCCAUUGGCUGUGAAGCUCCUCGGGCCGCCUGAGCGCCGGAAGUGAUUGCGAGGAGCCCGUGUGGUGGCUUCUUUUUCAGGCUGAGGAAGGGCCCGCGGAGAGCGUUAUGGCUGCGUCGCGGGUCGUCGCGGUGAAUAAGGGGACAAAGACAAAGGCUUCAGAUGAGGGGGACGCUCCUCCUGCCAAAAAGGCCCCGAUUUUCUAUGGAAGCCUGGAGGAGAAGGAGCGUGAGCGUCUCCUCAAAGGGGAGUCUGGACUGUUGGGCAAAGAUGCCGUCAAAGCGGCUAUUGAGGCUGGGAACAUCAAUAUCACCAGCGGUGAAGUUUUUGACCUGGACGAGCACAUCAGCGAGCGCCAGGCAGAAGUUCUGGCAGAGUUUGAGCGCCGGAAGCGUGCCCGGCAGAUCAACGUUUCCACAGAUGACUCUGAGGUCAAGGCCUGCUUACGAGCCCUCGGGGAGCCCAUCACACUUUUCGGAGAGGGCCCUGCGGAAAGGAGAGAGAGGCUACGUAAUAUUCUCUCAGUGGUUGGCACAGAUGCACUGAAGAAGACCAAGAAAGAUGAUGAGAAAUCCAAGAAAUCAAAAGAGGAGUAUCAGCAAACCUGGUACCAUGAAGGACCAAAUACCUUGAAGACAGCUCGACUGUGGAUUGCCAACUACUCCCUCCCACGGGCAAUGAAGCGAUUGGAUGAAGCCCGGCUGCUCAAGGAGGUCCCCGAAGCCACGCGGACAUCCCAGAAACAGGAGCUGCACAAAUCUCUGAGGUCUCUGAAUAACUUCUGCAGCCAAAUUGGGGAUGACCGCCCCAUCUCGUACUGCCACUUCAGUCCCAACUCCAAGCUUCUGGCUACAGCCUGCUGGAGCGGCCUCUGCAAGUUGUGGUCGGUACCAGACUGCAAUCUCAUCCACAGUUUGCGAGGGCACAACACCAAUGUUGGCGCGAUCGUCUUCCACCCCAAGGCAACCAUCUCUCUGGACAAGAAGGACGUCAACCUGGCUUCGUGCGCAGCCGACGGGUCCGUCAAACUCUGGAGUCUCGAAAGUGACGAACCGGUGGCCGACAUCGAGGGGCACAUGGUGCGAGUGGCCCGGGUGGCGUGGCAUCCCUCUGGCAGAUUUCUGGGCACCACCUGCUACGACCACUCUUGGCGCUUGUGGGACUUGGAGGCUCAGGAGGAGAUUCUGCACCAGGAGGGGCACAGCAAAGGAGUCUACGACAUUGCCUUCCAUGUCGAUGGCUCCCUUUCUGGCACCGGAGGCCUCGAUGCAUUUGGCCGCGUGUGGGACCUUCGCACGGGGCGUUGCAUCAUGUUUCUGGAGGGUCACCUCAAGGAGAUCUAUGGGAUCAACUUUUCCCCAAAUGGGUACCACAUUGCCACCGGCAGCGGCGACAACACCUGCAAAGUCUGGGACCUCCGCCAGAGGAGGUGCAUCUACACCAUCCCUGCCCACCAGAACCUGGUGACCAGCGUGAAGUUUGAACCAAAUCAUGGCAACUUCUUGCUCACCGGAGCCUAUGAUAACACAGCAAAGGUCUGGACGCACCCAGGCUGGUCCCCCCUGAAAACCUUGGCGGGCCACGAGGGCAAAGUCAUGGGCUUGGAUAUCUCCCUGGACGGGCAGCUGAUCGCAACGUGCUCUUACGACAGGACCUUCAAGCUUUGGAUGGCGGAGUAGGUGGGGCGCUUCCUCCCAGACUGGCCCUUCCCAGCUCCUGUAGCUAAGGAAGACAGCCUGGUGUCAACCCCCUGGGGUUCACCAGGGGGCAGCGGUGCCCAAACGUAUUGGCCUCUCUAUGCAUCCUGGUCAGGCCAAGCUGUGUUUGUGAAAGCGUUCCCCUGAGGGUUUUGUUUUAUUGCUGUACUCUCUUCCCUUCCCUGUGGACUGGGCUUGGAUCCCUUUGGCUCCAGGCUACCUCAACUGAGGGGAAAGCCUUCUCGGAAGGCUUGCCUGUAUGGCAGAGACUGGGGUUCCUUGGCUUGCAUUGAUCUGACCGUUGGGAGCCCUGACGGUGCCAAGAGAGAGCUGGCAGGGUGGGUUGCUCUUGUCAUUGUGGGGAUCAAGGCCCCUUCUCACAUGGACCAAGACCUUUUUUCAAACACGCACCCGCACGUACAACAACAGCAUUAAAGCGGAGUUGCUGCUUGAA